CAAUGCUGAUUGGUCGGACGCAGCGAAGUGACGGACUCUGAUUGGCUGUAUCGACACUUUUUUUCUCUCUAAGGCAAAGGUCAGGACGGUGGCUGUGGGGCUGCGCAGUGAGCCGUCGGUGCUUCCAAGGGACGAUAACAAUGUUGCUUCGCAAGGUGCUGCAGUCUUGCGUCCGAACCGGCCUGCGGUUCCAGGGCACCAAGGCCAGUCCGGCCAGCAGCUCUGCCAGGGCAGCCCAGGGAGGCUUCAGCUUUGAACUAACCGAUCAACAGAAGGAGUUUCAGGAGCUGGCGAAGAAGUUUGCCAGGGAGGAGAUCAUCCCUGCCGCCUCGAGUUAUGACAAGAGCGGAGAGUACCCGUUUCCACUCAUCAAGCGCGCGUGGGAGCUCGGCCUGAUGAACUGCCACAUCCCUGACUCCUGCGGCGGCAUGGGUCUCGGGGUCUUUGACUCCUGUCUGAUAACAGAGGAGCUCGCCUAUGGCUGUACGGGGAUCCAGACGGCUAUUGAGGCCAACUCCCUUGGGCAAAUGCCAGUGGUUAUUGCAGGCAAUGACAUGCAAAAGAAGAAAUACCUGGGAAGAAUGACUGAGGAGCCACUGAUGUGUGCAUACUGUGUGACUGAACCAGGGGCUGGGUCGGACGUGGCCGGAAUUAAGACUCGGGCAGAGAAGAAGGGAAAUGAGUACAUCAUCAACGGACAGAAAAUGUGGAUCACCAACGGAGGGAAGGCGAAUUGGUAUUUCGUUUUGGCACGGACAGAUGCCGAUUCCAAAAGUCCUGCCAGCAAGGCCUUCACCGGCUUCAUCGUGGACGCCGACACGCCUGGCGUUCAGCUCGGCAAGAAGGAGAUGAACAUGGGCCAGAGAUGCUCAGAUACACGCGGCAUCACAUUUGAGGAUGUGAGGGUCCCGGCUGAAAACCUUCUGGCUGGUGAAGGUGCCGGCUUUAAGAUCGCCAUGGGGGCCUUCGACAAAACUAGGCCGCCGGUGGCUGCAGGUGCUACCGGUUUGGCCCAAAGAGCGCUUGACGAGGCGACAAAAUACUCCAUGGAAAGGAAGACCUUUGGACGGUUUUUGGCAGAGCAUCAGGCCAUAGCGUUCCUGCUGGCUGAGAUGGCGAUGAAGGUGGAGCUUGCACGCAUGGCCUACCAGCGCUCGGCAUGGGAGGUAGACGAGGGCCGCAGAAACACCUUCUACGCCUCUAUUGCCAAAGCCUUUGCCGGGGACAUCGCCAACCAGGUGGCCAGCGAUGCUGUGCAGAUCUUUGGUGGAAAUGGAUUCAACAGUGAAUAUCCAGUGGAGAAGCUGAUGAGGGAUGCAAAAAUCUACCAGAUUUAUGAAGGCACAGCCCAAAUCCAGAGAUUGAUCAUAUCUCGUGAACAUCUUGCAAAGUACAAGAACUGAAGUCGACACAAACCGUCCACCUAUAAAGGCAUCUACAGCACCACCGAUUUAUGCUAGCCAGUGCCUUGGUUACGCAGAGUCUCAGAUCCUUCUUUUGUCUCUGCUUCUCUCAUGUGUUAUAAAAAAUAAUUAGGAAGAUUGCCAAAGUAUGCAUAUUUGGUACAGCUUUUAUAAUAAUCACUAUGUAAUGUGAAAUGUGGGUAUUGUUGUCUCAUGUAGACGAACUUCCUCCAUCUUCUCAGGUUACUUGCUCGGAGCUGGUCUGAGGUAUGAAUUGUAAGAUUUGCAGCGUGAAUGAGAUGGAUAUUUGCGUCUCCCUUGUAAUAAAAAAAUAAUACCGCAAAA